AUGUCUGGAGGAAAUAAUACUACUAAAAAACAACUUAAUAAAAAAAUUAAUGAAUUAAUGACCAUGAUUCAAGAAAUGAAAGAAAACCAUUUUAACGAAAUUAGUCUUUAUCGAGAAACUUUCGAAACACAAAAACAAGAAAUGAAAAAAAAUUAUACUAAUGAAACCAGUCUUUACCGAGAAUUGAUUACAACAAAAGAUAAAGAAAUCAUGAAUCUAAUGUCUAUACUUGAAAAACAUGAAAAAGAAAUGGAACGAAUUGAUGAAAUGAGAAAAAAACACGAAUAUGAAUAUAAUGAAAGAUUGAUAAAAUUCAUAAACGUGAAAAGGAAGAAAGAGAAAGAACAUAUAAAUGUGAAACUGAUAUUUUAG